CCGGUGGUGUGUAAAGUGUGACGGUCUGUGAGAGAUAGAGAGAAACCGCCCGCGAAACACAUCUAUAAGAAAGCUUCUUCCUCACAGACGACAGUGGUUGUGUUCCUCCCAGCAGAUGGCGAAGCGGUUCAGGAUGGUGAGGGUGUGCGGUCUGCCCACAGACAUUAACGGUGACAGACUGACAGACAAGCUAUUUAUCCACUUCCUGAGGGCCAAGAACGGGGGAGGAGAAAUAGACUUCGUCACCAUUGUCAAGGCAACACCUGCCUCUGCCCUCAUCACCUUCCAGGACAGUGAAGUGGCACGCAGAGUGGUUCAACUCAGCCGGCACGUUCUGGAAGUGGAUGGGAAGAUGUAUAAACUCACUGCAAUGGAGCAUCAAGAAGGCCUGGAGCCAGACAAGGUCAUAACAGGUUUAUCAGCAACCCUCAACUGCAGCCAGCUUCCUGGAGGAAUACCGGCGCUGAAAAACCUCAGCAAUAGCCACGCUGAUGUCGACAUAAUCUAUGACACAGAAGAAUUCUGCACAUUACGUGGCCCCUACUCCAAAGUCCAGGCUGCUUUGGAUCAAAUACUUGGGCAUCCUGCAGGCCCACAGUCAUCACACAUUGACUCAGGUCAGCCUGAUCCGAUUUGGUCCACGGAGCCCGCUCAGCCCACAAGGAAGUCUCACAAUCAGGGGUCAGAAAAUCACAGCAGGACACCCAAUUGGCAAAGAGCACAAAGUGAGACAGCGAGACACUCAAGCUCUCAUAGAGACCUGAUGCCAAGUGCUUAUAGCGGCGAAGAUAGCAGCGAGGCCGAGGGUGCAGAUCUGUGGCAUUCUGGGAAUGCGACUGCAGAAGAGGAGGACUUCUCACUGAUCUUGGAUGCAGACAUGUUCCAGUAUCUGCAGAAGCACUGCCGGACAGAGUACCAGCACAUCCUCAACCUGUAUGGCGUUGAGGUGGUGGAUAUGACAAACCAGGGGGUGACUACACUGUUUCUACAAGUUACAGCAGUAGUGAGGGAGGAUGGUCAAGAGCAAGAGCGCCUGGCGUUUGCACAAAAGGCAUUAAGUCGACUUUACCAGGAGAAUGAGACCAAGAUCCGUCGUUCUAUGCUCCCUAAGAAUAUCCUAUCCCCCAGGGGAGGACUGCAAAAGGCGUUACAAAGCAUAAAGAUCAGACUUCCAAAGCUUCUCCUGAAAGAGGAUGACAGAAAUAUUUUCAUCAUCGGGAGCAGCAGUGACAUAUCUGAAGCAAAGAAGCUCCUUCUCCAUGACCGAGACAAAGUGAAUGCUAAAAAAGAUGAUGUAGCCAGUCUCCUUAGACAUUCCUCUUCUGAUUCAAGUUCAUUUACUCCUGAAGAUAAGGUGGAAACCACCACCAUGUCCUCCUCUGAAGGGUGUUUGAACGACGGGCUGGAGAGGUCAGAGGAGGAUGAGAGAAGAGCUGAAGGAACCGGAAGGUACAAACUAGCAGCUCGGUUUCGGGAAUCAGGGCUUGGCGCCUUAGGCAAUCGGCCAACUGACCUCACCUUCAGAGGGCUCUCAUCUCUGGGUAGACAAACAGGCACAGGGCCCAAUGUAGGCCACGGCGUCCUCUCUGAAACAGCAGGAAUUCCUGGAGAUAGACUCUCCACAGCAGUACCCAAAAUCACAGGAGAAGACAUCCUAUUUAAAAGUAGAGAUUCAUACACCUCUAUGCAGAAUGAAAUCUCCUUGAACACAAAUUUAAUGGACACUUGCUCCAAAAAUGUAACAUCCCCCCUAAGCAGUCCUCAGUCCAGUUUGUCAGGAAGUACUGCACCUCCACCUGCAGAGUCUGGAUCCACGAUAAAGCAAGCCAGAGCAAGGGGCAGGUCCUCUAGCUUCAGUAGCCCAAGUAGUGAAGGGAGGGACAAGCGGGAAGUCUACAAGGCAGAGGUUACGGUUGCCAAGGGGAAGUGGCAGCAUAUAAAGGAAGCCUACAGCACCCGACUGGACGACCUGACUUCUGACGUCAAGAUUAAAGAAAAUUCACCUGAUGGAGGUAGUGUGACAACCGUCACCAUCAGAGGGACAAACCAGUCCCGAGUUAGUUCAUGCCAGCUGGGUUUACAGAAGCUGGUUGAUUCGGUGAGUUUGGACUUCUCUCUGCAGGAGCUGCACCUGUCAGAGCUGGGCGUCUCUGAUCCUGAAGAUGAAACUCUACAGGUGUGUUGUGCUGAGGUGCGGAGCCGCUACAAGAAGGUCAGUAUCAAGGUUCUGAAGAAGAGCUUGAUCCUUAUAGGUCCAAAGCAAGUGUGUUCUCAGGUCAGUGCUACACUGCAGGAGGUGUUUUCUGGAGAUGUGGCCCAAUCACCCAAACAACAGGACGUCUCUGUCCCAUCCACCUCCUACUGGAAUCCGCCGACUUCUUUACAAACGAGUGAGGAGCGAUUUUCUUUUGAAAGCAAUUCUCAGGUGAUGCUAGCAAAGCAAACAGGCACUGAUGGAGGCCAGGAAACGGGAACAAACCAUAAUAGUGACAUUGAUGAGAAAGAGCUUACGAAUGAACGUGAGAAUCUGACAUUUGUUGGGAAAAACCCUGUCAUUAAGGAGAAAGUGAAAAUGACUGGUACAGCAGAGAUGGAUGGACAGAAGGACAACGCACUAACCAACAAUGCUACUGCAGGAAGUAUGAGACAUGUGAAUGGUGUCGGGUCGGCAACUGCCCGCCCUGAUAAAUCCAUGGGCCUUCAUAACAAGGGGAGAACCUUGCGUCUCGACCUAAAAGAUGGCGUGCAACAACGAAAUGUCGUGACCCAGGACAACCCGGGGGAGUCCAGGGCGGGACAUGGAGAACAGGGUCACACCUGUUUGUGUGGGGACAGCGGGAUGUCAGUGAAGAGGACAAAGUGUGGGGUCGCUAUGUGCUCAAAAUGUAUGGACUCGGUGCACGUCCACUGCAGAGUUUGUUAUGCGGCGGAUCCGACCCCUCAGGGCAUCCAGGGCAAAAUGAGCCUCUCUAAGCUGCCCUUCAGUUUACCUGGUCACAGCAAGAACUCUUCUAUCAAGAUCACCUACUGCAUUCCUGAUGGUAUCCAAGGGAGUGAUCACCCAUUUCCAGGAAACCCGUUUCAAGGAGGCUUGUUCGAAGCCUUCCUUCCUGACUGCGAGAAGUCGAGGAAGCUGGUGCCCCAGCUGGAGAAGGCCUUCAGGCAGGGACUCACCUUCAUGGUGACGGGCCCGGAGACGGGGGCCAAGGUCACCUGGGACUCCAUCCCGCACAAGACCAGCCUACUGGGAGGCAAAUCUGGGAAAGGCUACCCAGAUACCAAUUACUUGACUCGCUUGUCUGCGGUCUUGGCCUCUCAUGGGAUUGAAGAGUGACCAGCCAAAUCUCAAGAAGGAUACAAAAAAUCAGUAGUGGAGAUGUUCUUAUGUGGUUUUUGUACACAAUGUCUGAUGAUGUGUGCAUUACAUUUUUUUAUUAGACAGUUUGAAUUAAAAUAACAUUCCUGAACUUUUCUCAGUGAAGAGCUAAUUUUGAAGAAAAAGAUUUGUACUGUAAAGUGUGCAUAGUAUUGUAUUGAUGUUCUUUUUGUACGGUCCUGUGUGGUUUUAUGAAUAUUAAGAUAUAUAGAGAAUAUCGUGGAGUAAAGUUUUGACUUUGUAAACUUUCCUUCGCUUCCUUUAUUUGUCCUCAAAAUGGGCAAAGAAAUAAAAAAGCACGUCUCCUGAGUU